AUGGCCGGUGCGGAUGACUCGGACGACGACGACAAGGGAGGCCGCGGGAGGUCUGGCAGUCGUCGACCUCGUCGAGGAGGAAGUCAAUCGCGCAAGGAGAAGCAGUCGACCAAGUCGUCGACCUCGGCGAAGGACGCCGACUCCUCUGCUGGCGGCAAGGGGCAGGGCGACAAGUCGGCGUCGUGCUCCCUGGUCGGCGUCGUGGAGCCGACCGUCUCACUGGCGCCGGAGGCCGGCGAGGACUUCCAGGCGGUGGCGGCAGCUGUGCAGGCUAACCCGGCGGUGGUCCUGCUCGACAGCGGCUGCUCCCACCACCUAAUGGGGACGAAGGACGCCUUCGUCGACCUGGGGCCGAGCGGCGACGUGAAGCACGUGCGUGGCUUCAAUGGGGCGCUGCAAGACGUCCAGGGCCGGGGCACGGUCGCCUUGCAAGGCGAGGCCGGGAAGCAGGUUCUCAUCCCCGACGUGUUGUACGUCCCGGGUGUGCGGGCAAACCUGUUGUCGUCCGGUCAGUUGAAGGAGCACGGUGUGAAGUUGCGGGAGGACGGUGACGGGAUGCUGCUCGUCUCGGCAGCAGGGGAGGUGCUUGGUCGGGCGACGUACUCUGGGCGAGUCCUCUGCACCGACCUGCGUCCCUGCUCCACGAGGUCGACGUCAACCACGCCGGAGGUUGUAGCUCUGCGGGCGAUCGUCUCCAAGACGAAGUCGACGCCGGACAGGAUGCAUGCUCGGCUUGCGCACGUCGGCAUGGACACCAUCAGGAGCUCGGCGAAGAACGAGGUCGCCAUUGGGCUGGACCUCAAGUCGGCGACGGGCGCCGACUCACCGUGUGUCUCGUGCGUUGGCGGGAAGCUGGCGCGGCACACCUUCCCCGACCAAGGCUCCGACGCCGCCGACUUGCUAGCCGUCGUCCACAUCGACUUGUGCGGGCCAUUCCGGGUGGCUGCCAAGGAUGGCAGCCUGUACUUCUUGCUGUUGAAGGACCGUAAGUCCCGCUACGUGUGGGUGAGGCCGGUCGCCAAGAAGUCGGAUGUGCUGCUGGAGUUCCAGAAGUGGCUGGUGCUGGUGGAGAGGCAGACGAAGAAGUCGGUGCUGAUGUUGCGCUCGGACCGGGGCGGGGAGUUCCUCGGGAAGCAGUUCACCGACUUCGUGGAUGGAAAGGGGAUCGUCCACGACCUGACCUGCCCAUACACUCCGCAGCAGAAUGGCAUGGCGGAGCGGGAGAUGCGGACGGUGGUGGAGUCGGUACGGACGAUGCUGCUGCACAUGGGCGUGCAGCACCACUGGUGGCACCUCGCUCUGCGGCAGGCCGUCUGGAUCCGCAACUGCCUGGAGCGGUCGGCGACGCCGGGGACGACGCCAUACCAGCUGCUGACCGGGACGAAGCCCGACUUGUCGCUGGCGCGAGUGUGGGGCUGCAUGGCGCAGUUCCUCAUCCCCGAGCAGCAGCGUGGUGGGAAGCUGCAGCCGAAGGCCAAGUGGGGCCUUCACCUCGGCGUGUCGGAGGCAAGCAAGGGCUGGGAGCUUCUCGACAUUGCCGCCAACCGGGUGGUGUUCUACGAGGACUUGUCGCUGGAGGAGUGGAAGUCAGAGCGUGGGCCGGUGUCUGGGCGGAAGCUGGUGGCCACGCCGACGGAUACCUCGACGGCAACUCUCCCUCUACUCGCCGAGGUCGUGGGUUAG